AUGGAGGCAAUCAUUAACAAGUUCGAGACUGUUCUCGGUGGUGUCAACUCUACCGGAAAGUCGGUUCUGCUGCUCGGUGCUGGCUUCGUCACUCGCCCGACUGCUGAGAUCCUCGGCAAGUCUGGUGUCAAGGUCAUCGUUGCCUGCAGGACUAUCGAGAAGGCACAGGCUCUGGCCAAGGGCAUUCCCAACUCACAGGCCAUCAGCCUCGACGUCAACGACGCUGAGGCUCUCGACGCCGAGGUCGCCAAGAUCGACGUCGUCAUCAGCUUGAUCCCCUACACUUUCCACGCCACGGUAAUCAAGUCGGCCAUCCGCAAGAAGAAGAAUGUCGUCACAACUUCAUACGUUUCGCCCGCGAUGAUGGAGCUCGAUGCUCAGGCCAAGGAGGCCGGUAUCACCGUCAUGAACGAGAUUGGCCUCGACCCAGGUCUUGACCACUUGUCUGCUGUCAUCACCAUCGACGACGUCCACAAGGAGGGCGGCAAGAUCAUCUCCUUCAAGUCGUACUGCGGUGGUCUGCCCGCACCCGAGUCCUCGGACAACCCGCUCGGUUACAAGUUCUCCUGGAGCUCCCGUGGUGUCCUGCUGGCGCUGAGGAACGCUGCCAGCUACUACGAGGACGGCAAGGUCAAGAACGUCGAGGGACCCGAGCUCAUGGCUGAGGCCAAGCCGUACUUCAUCUACCCCGGCUACGCUUUCGUCGCCUACCCCAACCGUGACUCCACCCCCUACAAGGAGCGCUACAACAUCCCCGAGGCCCAGACCAUCGUCCGCGGUACUCUCCGCUACCAGGGCUUCCCCGAGUACAUCAAGACCCUUGUCGACAUCGGCUUCCUUGUCGAGGACGAGAAGGACUUCCUCAAGGAGGGCGAGGUUCGCACAUGGAAGGAUGCCACAGCCAAGAUUGUCGGCGCAUCGAGCGACAAGAAGGAGGACAUUGUCUGGGCCAUCAGCUCGCGCCACAAAUUCCCCUCCACCGAGGAGAAGGAGCGCAUCGUCGCCGGUCUCGAAUGGAUCGGUCUCUUUUCUGACGAGAAGAUCAUCCCCCGCGCCAACCCUCUCGACACACUCUGCGCGACCCUCGAGAAGAAGAUGCAGUACGAGAAGGACGAGCGCGACUUCGUCAUGCUGCAGCACAGGUUCGAGAUUGAGAACAAGGACGGCAGCAAGGUCAUCCGCACAUCGACGCUCGCCGACUACGGUGACCCCAAGGGCUACUCCUCCAUGGCCAAGCUGGUCGGUGUUCCCUGCGCGGUUGCCGUGCAGCAGGUGCUUGACGGCACAAUCAAGGAGAAGGGUAUCCUUGCGCCCAUGGACCCAGCCAUCUGCAGGCCGCUCCUGAAGGUUCUCGAGGACAAGUACAACAUCCGCUUCCGCGAGAAGACCGUUGCUGCAUAA